AGGUUGUCCUACGAUAGUCUACGGGAGGAAAGUAAAGAAGAAGAAGAAGGAGGAAGUAAAUUCGUAGACGUUCCAUUGAGUCUGAAAGGUCAUGUUAUUGGAAAGGGUGGCCACAAGCUGCAUGAAAUUAUGGAGACAACUGGAACAACAAUAUUCUCCCAAAGCAAGGAGGAAGCCGGAUUUACAAUCUUUGGUGAUGAAGACCAAACUGCACACGCUGAAAGGCUUAUCAAAGGAAUUGUGGUAAAGUGUUUAAAAACCCAUAGUUAUGAAUACAGGAAAUAGUUCUGACAGUACACUUAAGAGCCUGCACUAGACCUAUCAUCAGCAAGUAUACUUUAUGCAAUGUCAUGCCACCUUCAGUGACUUCGAUUGUUAAUAUAAAUCCGUGGAGACAUAUUUUAAACAUACUGGCAUUCUCAAGUGACCUUUUAUUUAUAGUGACUAAAUGUUCUGUAGAAACGAAUGGCAAAUAAAAAUAUUACCAAGUAGUCCAGUUAGUGUACUGAGAUCGAUUUGUUUAUUUAAUUAAUUAUUUUUAUUCCCUUCUUUGGCGUUUGAUUAUUAAUUUUUUGUUUUUGUGACUGGUUAAAAAUAUGAGCUAAGGUUUCUUGACUGAAGAAAUAGAAAUGCUGGGCAUUUUAGGAUCAUUGUUAAGUCAUGCAAAGCUAUCGAGGGCUGGAGGUUGGAAUAAAGCCCUUCUUUUGUAACGGAUAUUUUUAAACACUGUUUUAAAUAAUAUAGAUUCCAUUUUUGUGACCAUAAUCGACCGAAAAAAUUAUUAUUAUCAUUAAAUAGGAUCACGUUCCUUCAAACUUAAGUGUAGUAACUACUUACUGGACCCAAAAAUAGUUUUAAGAUCAUUUUUAUGGUGGUUAAUCGUUUUAAUUAAAGAAGAAAUAUGCUUCAGCGAUUUUUUUUCGUUGAUUCUAAAAACUCAAAUCAGAAAUGAAAGAAAAAAGGAAAUGAAUUCCGCUACUUGACACAAUAUGACUCCUCAUGUUAUGAAAAUGAUCUAUUUACCUGCCACAUAGACUGAGGCUAUGUUCGCACUAUACUUCCCGGAUACAUAGCUUCCCCCCCGGGGGGGGUACUCUCUUAUAUAAGCCAUAAAGGUAUGUGCCGCCCGAAAGGGUAUGGUUUUUGAGCCUUUUUGGCCUGAAAACAGGUAUUCACCAGUUCGGGUCUGGAAUCGGGUAUGGUUUUCGAUGGAACUACGGGAGUGUAUGAACGUAUUUAUCCUUUCAAUUCCAAAUGAUUAAGAAAGAAAGAGAAAUAUGCGAAUUCGAAACGAAUUUGAAGAAUUUUGUUUAUUUGCGCUCUAAUCUAAAAAAUAAUGACAUAAUUUCUUCCUAAAAGCCAGGUCUGAAAACGGGUAUGGAUUUUAGAGGUCUGGUCUGAAAACGGGUGUGGAAAAUGACAUUUUUGGGUCUGAAAUAGGGUAAGGAUUUGGAGAACUGGGCGGCACACCCCCACCCAAGAAUUCCCAGGAGUACCCCCCGGAGCUUUUCGUUCGGAGAAGAAAGGCUAUCCGGUACAUUGUGAUCAACACCUAACCGAGAUGCACAGCUUCUCUUCGUUACAGAAAUCGCACCGUGUGAACAAAAGCCUUAUCCGGUAUGUGUUUCGGGCCGGCGCAAAAGCUAUCCAUUAUAGGGUGAAGAUGGCCUGAGUUGCGCAGAUUGAGUGGAAUGAUUUGCUGCAUCUUUUUCGUGCAGGAUAGUGCCAAAAGAAGAAGGCGGGAACUAAUAAAGGUUGAAGACAAAUUCAAGGGUUCAGUGAAGGGAAAAGAGGCAGCUAAACUCCGACACAUUUCCGCUCAGUCAGGAGCAAGAGUAAUCUUAGAUCGUGAAGAUCUAGAAAUUUACAUUAUCUCAGGAACAGAAGAAGAAAGGGAGUAUGCUAAAGUGCUAAUUGGAGAAAAAGUGGUGGGUAAAAGUUCUCUUUCCUUCGAAUGAAAUCUUUAAGUAUAGAUCUAUGUAUCGUGCUUCACAACUACAAAUAGGAACCGUUCAUUGUUAUCAGCAGAAAGUCAUGGAAGUGGGGUGGGGGGGUGGGAGGUGCACUAGAAAAGAAAAGUCAUAUAGAAUGAGGACACACAUACACAGAAUUCAUCAAUCCGUCAUCAAUAGUAGACUGGAAACUUUUACUGCGCUCUUCACAAACAUGCGAAUUCUAAAGUUCAAAAGCCAGCUGACGAUUGCGUUUUUCGCUGCCGUCAAUCAUCUUAACGGACCUCUUUGGAAACAAAACUUGGCGCAAAAUGGCGAGCAGAGAGAAAAGGAAACACGCGAAAUUCAACCUCAGACAAUCCAAUUUUUCAAAUUUCUUCAGGGGAGUAUCCUCGCUUUAUUUUCCUAUUACGCUUCUAUUUGCGUCGUCCCCGCAUCUAUCUGAAUGCUUGGAAUAAGCUUCUUAUAGGUCAUACGCUUUGAACCUUUUCAUGACGAGAUGCCUGGGAAAUGAAAGCGGGGAGUGGGCAUGCAGAAAUUUACUUCUAUUUAAGAGUGGCCGGGAACUUCAUCUCAAUCUUGGGCUCUUGUUUACAGUAUGUGUUUUGGCUUAUGUUGAAGGCUUAAGCAAGAAUGAGAGGUGUUGGACGAAAAAACACGAAAACCAGUUGCUGCAUCGAUGACUAUAAUCUCAACGUACCAAAACUGAAACUGGAGCAGGUGCUGAAAAAUGGCCAUCCAACCGGACCGCUCGUACAAUACCGACUGAAACCAGCCGAGCGAUGUGAACCACAGGUGUGUCAUACGAGUAAUUAAUUUCCUCUGUUCUCCAUUCCUUGGUUGCCUCUCCCAAUUCUUUCUUUGGAGUGAAAGUUUUGUUUAUGCUGAAAGUUUCAGCAUAAACAAAGGCGAUGUCAUCUUGCAUACUGUUUGGUUGACGUCACGUUUUUGAAGCUUUCCACCCAGAGUUUGCGUAGCGAAGCUAAAAAAUAAGCAAGGCAAAAACCUUACUUCCUUCUUCUCACUUAGGAACCAUGCAGUUCUGACGCUGGUCAUCCAAGCUAUAAAGAACAACUAAUGAAGGACGUCUUGGUAUCUCUACGUAAGGUCAAACAGGAAAUAGCUGAAGAGAUGAUGCCAAAGGCCGACAUGUGGUGUCACUUUGGAAAGGUUACAAUUGAAGUUCCAGAUCGAGGUAGUGUUUCUUUCAGUUUUACUAUAAAUCGUCAGCUAAAUUCGCCCUCAUUACUUUAUGUAGUGUUAUGUAGGGGCUUGUGAAUGUUUGUUGUCAACAUUUAUCCACAGACCGCUUUUUAUCAUUUUUCCUUCAGAGGAUGUUCGGGAUGGACGGUGGAGCAUUAGAGAGGCCACAGAAAAGAUAAAAUACCCUAACAAUAAACACUGGAAGCUAGCUUUUAAUUUGGAAGGGGUUACGCCAAAUGAAAGAGCAUUAAGAACACAGUACAAGGAAACUUUUCCUGAGGAGAUAGGUUAUGUUUCAAGAUAUGAUUUAACAUUUCUGACACCAUGUUGGUAUCAAUUGAGAUGCAAGGUAAGUCCGCGUGCUCACCAUCCUGAGGUCCGUGUAUAAUAAUUGGUAAUAUAAUUUUUUUUUUUUAUGAAUAGAUACACAAACCUCCACGUGUAUUUUAAGAAACAAAUACCUCACAAAAUUGAUGCCAAGAACUUGCCCACCCACAAAAGUCAUGACUGCACUUUCCCGAGGUAAUUUUACUAUGAGGUAUAUCCAGAGAUACGGAAAAAAGAUCUGAGACAGCGCCCAUGACACUUAAUGUGGUAAAUAGUUAAAACUUUACGCCACCCGAGGCAAAAAAUUAUAAUCGGACAGAUGCUUCAUUUGACUUAAACACUUAAAAGAUUGUUUAUUUGAAGCAGGUUAUGUACUAGGCACUAUUUCGGGAAUGAUCAAUGUCCAUACAUCAGAUUUCACAACAUAAUUCAUUCAUUAAGGGCAGACAUCUUGUUUCCAGGUUGUGAAUUUGAUUGCAGGUUCCACAUUCGGGGACGAAGAGGUAGGAUAAGUAACUGGUGUAGAGGUGUUAGACUAAACUCGAAGUAAAAAUCAUGCGACUAUAUCCAACUCUUGAAAAUGAGACUGUAGGCAUUAAAAAGGGGGUUUGUUUUCUGUAGAACUUUGGUGACACUUGCAGCAACAACUGAAUUGUUGGGGAAGGUCAUUGUCACAUACAAUUAACCAUUUACAUACAAUUUAUAAGUUAAAAAGUCAUUAAUUCUUCUGGUAUGACCAUGUUGUAGCGGCAGGAGGAGGGAUGAUGUUCUUAAGGGGGGACAUUUGGCGUGCAGCUCCUACUCUCCUGUCACUAAGAGACUCCAGGCCGGCCAAGACCAAGGCUUCCGUAUGGUCUACCCGACCAAAUAUUAUUUUGAGAGCUUUCCGCUGUACAGACUCAAUUAACUCGUCCAGAUAUAAAGGGAUCGCAGCCCAAACUGGCGAGGCGUACUCAAAAAUGGAUCUAACAAUACUACAGUAGACUAACACAAACGCAGCACAAACAAUCGCUUUGGCUGACUGACUGUUUUAUGAACAUACUUAAAGAAGAUGGUGAUGUAAUUGAAAUGACAAUUUGCAAACAAAAGCAGAGUGAGACGUUAUGUCAAGGUAUAAUGUCGAUACAAAAUACUUGUCAUCCGGCUCGUGACAACUUUAAAACGGCUCUUUCAAGAGACAAUCAGCAGAGUCCGUAUGCAUUUCCGCUUUCAAUUCUCUUUUUCAUCUCUUAGUAGUUGUAACCCGUCGCUUUUUAAAACAGUACCUAACAUUUCUUUAAGCUAAGUUAAAUGGCAGAGCCCCGUGUGUUAAUUCUCUCCAACUCUUUCAUUUGUCGUAGAAAUAACUUUAUUGCUAGAGUCCUCACCUUGAACAUUGUUUUCUUCUCAACGAGGCACCCUCGAUUAAAUGGCAUGGUGUGUGGCUAGAACAGUUGCUAAAACUGUGCGAGGUGACCUCCUUGGAUUGCACGGUUGGGAACUAGUAUAAGGAUCUUUCCAAGCUAUAUUCCUUGGACGUAACUUAAGCAACUGAGGACCUAUAUACGUUUUUUUUUUGUGGAACAACUACAAUCUGCUGCAGAUUUGUUUACGUGUAUGCCAGACACCAUCGACACAAUUAAAUGCGUGUUUGCACUCUUACGAAAUACCUUAAGAUGUUCAGGAGCAACUAAACUUUAUCAUCUUUUGGGGUCACAGACCCUUUUAAGAUACCAAGCAGAGCUUUUUCGUCCGUAAUGGUGUUCACCUUUAUAAGCUGGAGCUGAUUAUAAGUUUUACUGCAGUCUACAAGGGGCCGUUGUAAAGUUUUUCAAUCUUGGGCGAGCGCUCCGCAUGAGUUUCUUACCGAUAAUAAUUUUCCAUUAACCCAUUUCCUAUUUACCUAUCGUUUUUAUAUUUCACACCAGGCCACGUUUUUUAUCGAGGUUUGUUAUCUAUAGGAAUUGCUAUGAGGAGGGUAAUCAAUUCAUCCUUUCAAGACCCUUAAUGUAGUAUUUUCUAUUCACAGAUAGCACUCAGGACAUGGACUAUGCACCAGACGAAAACAUCCAAGAUGCUCUGUUGACCUACCUGUCUGAGUUGACAUUGACGGAUGAAGAGCCGAUGGGACUGCAUCUUCCGAAGGGGGGCGAAUUUCAUGUUAUAUAUUGGCGUCGUUCUAAACGAACAGAGUACACUGCUAGUACAGGCCUUAGCAUCAUCCUUUCUAAAGAACACACAUGGAGCAUAGGAAAUAAAGUCAUCAGAGAAACGGUCAGUAUGCUAGACCUGUUUUAAAGUCACUUUUUAAUAGAAUACAAAUUACAAAACUCAAAGCAACACUUUGAAGCAAAAUUAUAAUUUCCCUGAAUUCGCUCGAACUUCAUCAGCGAUGUAAAUGUCAGGUUACGUAACGGAUAGGUUGUUACGUAUUCCUAGGAUACUAAAUGUCUUCGGCCGGAGCAGAUAAAAAACCUUUUUGGUAACUGUAAAGUCACCUUUUUAAGGUUUCAGAACCAUCAAGAUAUAACCACUUUCGCUCUACUAAAGGCUUUAUGCUGUCGAAAAGUGUCGUUCCUCGAGAGCAUAUAUCCGUCCGAGUCGAUAACUGAGCAUUUGUCGGCCCAGUACAAAAACCUUACCUUGGUUAAUAUCAAGCGAUUGGGUCAUUGUGGACAGAAAUAGGUAGACAAUCUUGAACAAAAUGCAUUUGUGCAUUGACCAUUUGAUAUUAUCUACACUCACCCUAUGGUUAGAUUUAGAUGUGAAGCUUUUACGUGAACUACUCUUUUUCUAUUUUGCCGUUUAAUAGACUGACGUCCAUGUGCGCUACAAAGAGUGGGACACUUUACUUAGCAGCGGAUUAUGGGAACCAGAGGCCAUAACUGAGAAGCUGCCUGAAUUUCUAGAAUUUGUUAAGGAAGCGCAAGCCUUCUUGUUUCAUGACANAUUUAUUUUUUUUUUUUUUUUUUUUUGUUUUUUUUUUUUUUUUUUUGAUUUAAAAGAUUGAAUUUUGCUUUUUUUUUAAGGUGUUUAUCCGAACAUUCUUAUCGUUGGGGUUGUUUGUUAAAGGGGAAAGGGAGGGGGGGGGGGGGGGGGGUAUUAAUUUGAAAUAUAGGUGUGAGUUAGUUAUCAUGACCGACAGUUUAUGACACUAGGGGAUGGUCAGGUUAAGUUAAAAAUCUUAUUAGUGAGUUGAGAAUCUUCGUACGCAACACCUAUGGACUAGAAAACUGAGGCUGUGAAACAUUUGUUCUUACAUUAUAGUUCCUCCAGAGAUUCUUGCGCGGGGUUCGUCCGCCGUGGAAGCUUACAAAAAGGCUCUUACUCAUGGAAAAACGUCCGACAGAAGGUUUCCAUUGAUGCUCAUUGGACAACACCGAGCAGGAAAGACCAGUUUAAUGAAGUCGCUAAAAGGGAUAUGCUAUGACCCACAAGAAGAUAGCACCGUUGGCAUAGAAGUGGAUCCUUCCUAUUUUAAACUGACCACAGAGCCGUGGGUAACAGGAAAGAGCAGCGAGGACCAAACGUCUGAAACUACAGCAAAUUCCUAUGGUCAGCUUGCAGCCAGAUACAUCGUGGAUAGCGUAAAGCCGACCGAAAUGGUAACUAAAAGUGCAGAGGAAUUUCAUAUUGCAGAAGACAGUUUUGAACCCGGCGGCAAUGAAAUCUCAUAUGAAUCAUCACCAAAUGACCCUGCGAAAAAUGCGGACAUCAUUCAGGCACCUAAUCCCACUCUUAGAAGUCACGAAUUCGGCGUAUUACCGUCUUCAACAAAAUUAAAUCCAGAACCAGUUACUCACGAAUCUAUUAAAAUCAUGCCCGAGUUCGAAGAAGUAGCAGCUGUGACUGAAUCAUUGCUUCGUGGCGAUUUGGAGGACAACAGAGACGACGUGUGUUCUAAUUUUUGGGAUUUUGCAGGACAGUCGGUUUAUUAUGACACACACCCACUGUUUCUGACAUCACGAGCAAUUUACUGUUGGUGUAUGACCUAA